UCCUCUGUGUUUUCCUAGUGCUGUCAGGCAGGACAGUUGCAGUCACCUUUGUGUGUCUUGGCAGGAUUUAUUCGCACUUGAGGGCGGCCCACCUCUCACAAAGCGCCCACUGCAUUGUGUUGAGCUUUCACUCGUUUUGUCUUCUUGGAAAUCGCUGAUCAGGAAGCAAACAAAGUGAAGAUGCCAACUGACUGCGAAUGUUGACGAUGUGAGAACCAAGACGAGAUGAGACUUGGGAUUUGGUGCCAGUUGGCCUGAGGGGCGUGAAAGGUGCACACAAUGGGCAACGUAACCUGGAACAGAGUCGCAGCUGAGGAACUGUAUGGCAUGGGACGCCAGGAACGGCAAAGACAUCACGUCAAAGUCACUGGGCUGAAGAAUUCCGGCUCCACCUGCUACAUGAACUGCUUGAUCCAGUCUUUCUUUGUGACUCCGAUGUUGAGGAUUCAGCUGAAUGAAUGCCAACUGUUGGAAAAUAAAAUCGUAGCUGACCUGCAAGACAUCUUCAUGAAUCUGGAGAGAGGACUGCGGUCAGUCGACACGUACAACUUGGCCAACAGCCUGAACCACCUGAACUGGACAGUUAACAAGCAGCAAGACUUGGAAGAAUUUUUCCAGAUGGUGAUCAAUGCUAUCAACGUGGAGGAUGUAAGAAAGGUCUAUGAAGUUGCACUGUUGGACUCUCUGACAUGUCUCAGAUGCAACACGGAGACGACAACCACGCUGUCUUAUCUGGACAUUUCUCUGCCCCUCUCGAUGGACUCAUCUGCUCAGCUGGAGGGAGUGCUGCAACAUUUUUUAGAGGAAGAAGAUAUGAAAGGUGAAGACAAGCCGUUCUGUGAGAAAUGCAAGACAAAACAAGUCAUGAGAAAGAAGAGCUCCUUCGUGACACUUCCUCAGGUCCUCGUCAUUCAUCUGAACAGAUUCGUCUAUGAUAUCCAACAUCAGCGGCAUGUGAAGCUGGAAAAGCCAGUGGACAUUCCUCAUACUUUACGGUUUAAAAAGGAUUCGGUGGGCUACGUACCGGUGUGUCAGACUGAUGAGAACUUGGAAGAAAUUCUAAGAAGAAGAGAUAGAAAUCCAGACAAGGACCCGGGCUAUGAACGUUUCAAACUCUUCUCGAUCUGCGUUCACUGUGGAGAUGUAGAACGAGGACACUACUACGCUUACAUCAGGCAUCACGAGAACGAUCAGUGGUAUCUCUGCAAUGACUCUGCAGUUCGAAAGACUGAUUGGAGUUACAUACGAGAGAAGCUGAGAAUGAAGGAUGCAAGAAACGACAGCGAUGUCAUAUGGCGAAAUUUCCACAACAAGGUGCAAAGCAGUACAAAUCGUCACAGCACCGCCAUCCUCUUGAUGUAUGAGAGAUGUCUGUAGGAGACCAUCCAGAAGCCCACGAGUUUUCGGCCCCACGACGUGCAACGGCUUCAUCUGGAAAUCGAACGAGAAUGAAAGAAAACAAGCUCACUCUGUGCUACCAAAGAACUUUCAGAAUGAAGUCAGACUUCAUCUUGGAGUAGAGAUUGAAGCAGAUACAUCUUUCCAACCUAAAGAAAUGGAGACCAACCCAAUGGAGAACUUGCAGAGGUGUUUCCAAUGAUGUAGGGAGUAGAUCCAAGCUGUGACUCUAAAAUCAGUUCUUCAAUGAGCACAUCAAGGUAAUGAUAGAAGUCAACCCUGGACAAAUUUCAUGUACUGUACUAGUCCCAAUGAACAACUGUAGUUGAAACCAUCCGCUUGGAGAGCUUCAGAUCUCAGCUUGAGAUCUUGAGAACAUAAAGGUGAAUAGAAAAUGAGAGUCCGUGAAGGAUCUGUUCUCAUCAACACAUGUUCUUUUGCACUUAUGGACAGCUGGAACAUAAUCAAAACCACCAAGUGAAGAGAAAGGCAUUAGAACGACAUUCCUUAGAAAAUAGUCAGCUGUGUAUCUGAUCCAACAUCUCCUACAGCUUCAGGAGGGAAUGCCAGAAACGAUGAAAAGAAUAAAUGAGUGGUCCAUGAGCCUUGUGAAAAAGAGAAAGGCAGUGAGGGCUUCCUAAAUCACACCAGAUAAUACAAUGGGCGGCUCAAUGGGACCCUCUUUGCCUCUGCCUCCUAAAAAGGUGGGAAUUUCAUUAAGGAUCUCCACAGAGGACAACGUGUAGGAAUGUAGUAGCAGACUGAAGAGGCACACUGGGGUGUUGGACGAUGUGCUGCUGCUUUUGCUUCCCCUCCACGGUCAAUGCUGAAUCUGUCCGAAAAAUUGUCUCCUCACGUUGGAUGUCACAUGCGGUGCAUCCGUAAUCAUUUAAUUAACGAUAGAGUCAAAUGCAAGAGUCUUUUUGAAAAUGUUUACCACCACUUAUUAACUAUUGUGAAGUAACCUUCUCUUAGACACAGAACGAGAAGUCAUUUUUGAUUGAUUCAUUCACCCUUAGGUAAUGAGAAGGCUAACAGAGAGAGCGGUCGGCGUCUAAAGUGCAUAUAGCGCCUUGUCCACUGAGAGACCUUUGGGGAGCUUCUGUAUGGAACUUUUUUACAAGGAUCCUCUUCUGUUCUACUGUGAUGAUCCAUGUUCUCGAUAGUGAUUCUGUGUCAUCUCACGUAUUGUUCUAGUCAAUGAAGAAUGAAACACCAUGUAAGCACAAUCUAUGCCAACAUUAAUUUGUGAUAUGUGCGUAUUGUCCUCCAUAUUUAUUCCAAGUGAAAUGCCAGCCUAUAAAAGUGAACGUCCAUCCAUCCAUUCAUCCACUCAUUUUCAUACCUUCACUGGAUUCAGAAGACAGUAUUCAGACCACUUCACUUUUGUUACCUUGUCUUAUGCUGCACUAAAAUCAUCUCAAUUCAUUUUUUCCCUCAUCAAACAACUCUCAGCCUCCCAGAAUGUUAAGGUGAAAAUAAGAUUUUAGGAAGUUUUGCAAAUUUUUAAAAA